AUGGCUAAAAGUUCUACAGGUUUGUUGUUGACCUUGAUUGGAGGCGUCAUUGGGGAAACGUGUGAAGUAAGCGCGAACAAAUCCGAGCCGGAGAAGACCAAGGGAAUGGACUGUGAUUACGGCUGUUGUAGUGAGGAGAAAUUCAGUUUCUGCUGCGAAAGAAAAAUCGGGGCAUUCAUCGGUAUUAUUGUCGGCAGCAUUGUCCUUAUCAUCGUCAUCGUUAUAGUCGUGUAUUGUUGCUGUAAAUGUAAAAAUAACAAGAAGAUUCGGGAUGAACAACAAGCCAAUGCCAAUAACACGUCUCCUCCCGGUGGUAUGGUGCUAGUUCCUGUGAGUUACCUCCAGCAAAUCCAACAAAGUCCUCCCACGGCAGGGUACUCCGCCUCCAAUGGACCCGCUCCCCCUCCCGGAUAUCCCGGACACACUAACUACACCCUUCCUCAGCAGUCCUUCGAUGAUUAUCCACAAAAACGAUGA